UGUAAAGUGCGCGACGCCGCAACUCCUCCUUCUCGCCUCCCCUGUUGAGCAGUCCACACGCUCUAUCUCGGCCCGGACAAGGAAACCACACACCGAGAUCAUGGCCGUACCUCCGACCUACGUUGACCUGGGAAAGUCUGCCAGGGAUGUUUUCACCAAGGGAUACGGCUUUGGGCUCAUCAAGCUGGACUUAAAAACAAAGUCUGAGAAUGGACUGGAGUUCACCAGCACAGGCUCCGCCAACACCGAGACCAGCAAGGUGGCCGGGUCCCUGGAGACAAAGUACAAGUGGGCGGAGCACGGGCUGACCUUCACGGAGAAGUGGAACACCGACAACACCUUGGGCACCGAGAUCACCAUCGAAGACCAGUUGGCCAAGGGCCUGAAGCUGACCUUUGACUCCUCCUUCUCGCCAAACACCGGUAAAAAGGGUGGCAAGCUGAAGACGGGCUACAAGUGCGAGCACAUCAACCUGGGCUGCGACGUCAACUACGACAUCAACGGCACGGCCGUGCACGGCGCCGCCGUGGUGGGCUACGAGGGCUGGCUGGCCGGCUACCAGAUGACCUUUGAGGCUGGCAGGAACAGGAUCACCCAGAGCAACUUUGCCGUGGGAUACAAGACGGACGAGUUCCAGCUGCAUACAAACGUGAACGAUGGCACCGAGUUUGGCGGCUCCAUCUACCAGAAGGUCAACAAGCAGCUGGAGACGGCCGUCAACCUGGCGUGGACCGCCGGUAACAGCAACACCCGCUUUGGCAUCGCUGCCAAGUACCAGAUUGACCCCGACGCAUCCUUCUCGGCCAAGGUGAACAACUCCAGCCUUAUCGGCUUGGGAUACACUCAGACUCUUAAGCCAGGCAUCAAACUGACUCUCUCCGCUCUCCUCGACGGCAAGAACAUCAACGCCGGCGGCCACAAGCUAGGCCUCGGCCUCGAGUUCCAGGCGUAGAGGCCGUCGCUGCAGAAGGCACCCCCCCCACCCCCCAUCCCGCCAGACCUCCCGAACCGAUAUUCCCUGUUGAAUUACGUAAAUUAUAAGGAAAAAUGAUUUUGCCCUCACGUACCCACUCUACCCUGCCCCCACCCCAGAUGUGCCACAGCUGGACGAGAAACGGUCGCCUGAGUCGGGGCCACCGCCACGUUUAAGGGAACAUUUAUGUUUUGAGAACAAAACAGAAGUUUGAAGGGAACAAGUAGCCUUGAGCACGUGACAAAAGAGAAGAUUAGAACAUGCAAAAGAGCUUAAGAACCAAUAAGCAUUCCUGCCUGUCACAAGGCAAUGAAAUCAUUUAUUUUUGCUCAGCUGGCUCCUCAGAGAACAAGAUGGAAGCAGCUGGCAGUAGCACACACUACACACGCACACACAGGCGCACUACACUCCCAUGUGUACAUUCUGUCUCUUGUCUUGUUGCUUCUAGCAAAACUAUUUUAUGGACAGUCCUGUGUGUAGUUGAAUCCACCUGUGAAGUCUUAAUAAUGCGGCAAAGACGGGGUUAGAUAGCUGCUUACUUGAGGAUGAGAGUUACUGGACGCGUACAGGAAGUGCUUCGUCUUCCACUGAUGUUUUUGUGGGCAUCGUGCGCAGUGCUCAUGACGGUAUUGUCAUUUCCUGAAUAAAUAAACAUCUUCAACCAGU